AUGUAUGGGACCGUGGGCGAUUACAGCCAACGGAACGGAGCCGGGAGCAGUGUGGGACGUCAGUUCUUCGGCGCAUUUAUGCAGAACUUCGAUCGGGGACUCGUCACGCUUGUGGUGGACUUCGCCAGCUACGACAGCAGCGCUCAGGUCACCGUCUCGGUCCCCGCGGUGAACUUCUCGCAGGCCGUCCUCCUGCCUCCCUUCUCCGUCGGCAAUGUAUCCAUCCCGGUAGCGGCAAUGAUCGGAGAGAGCGGCAUCAUCACCAACAAAAUCGUGUCCGUUCGUUCUGACAGUGACAUCUCAGUGUGGGGCAUAUCCAAACGACCUUCAACUACCGAUGGAUUCAUGAUGAUCCCUGAGCAGGAGCUGGGAACAGAAUAUUAUGUAGUCACUCCUGUGUCUGGUAGGAUAACCCAGAACGAAUUCGCGAUAGUCAGUCCCUACAACAACGUGACGGUACAGAUGUUUUUGAGCAGCAAUGUUACAUUCAACGGUGUCACGUACUCCAACGAACUCAACAUCAUUCUACAACAAAACGAAGUCGUGCAGUUCCAAGGAUCCUCUCUGACUGGGACGAGGGUAUUUUCGAGUCAACCUGUGGCUGUGUUCAGUGGAGAUCGGUGCCUGACUGUUCAUAAUUUUUGCAAUUUUGUGACAGAGCAGCUUUUGCCAGUACCGACGUGGGGCUCCUCUUACCUGGUCUUCCCUGUGUCCAUCAAGUCAACAGACGACAGCGUCAUAAUCACCUCGCCUACAAGCGCGAGCGUCAGUGUCAAUGUCAGUGUCGCUGGGAAUUUAACAACCUACGCGUUGACCAAUUACGGUCGCAUCAGCGUACCUGUAUAUGCAAACCAGACUUUGUCUAUAAACUCGUCUGUAAACGUCGGGGUCAUGUACAUAUGCCAGGGUGGGUUAACAACUCAAGGGUAUUCCAUGGACCCGUUCCAGAUGAACAUCAUACCGACCAGCAAGUUCUCUAACAAGUACCUGUUUGCGACUCAACCAGAUUUUACAAACGUGUUAAUCGUGAUCGCCAAGGAUGCAGACAAAUGUGGGAUCAUCAUCAACAGCGAGGCGCUGUGCGAUAAGAUCCAGUGGGUUCGGACAAAGGACCUCCAGUUUGUGGCCGGGGAGCUGAACCUGGGAAGUGGGAAUCAACAGUUCCUGGUGGAACACGCGACUCAGCCGUUUGAGCUCUACCUCUAUGGGGCGGCGAGAGCUGAUUCAUUUGGCUACGCCCUCAGCUACGGCAACUUAAGAGGGAACGGAGCCGGGAGCAGUGUGGGACGUCAGUUCUUCGGCGCAUUUAUGCAGAACUACGUGCAGGUAGUCGACGCGCUUGUGGUGGACUUCGCCAGCUACGACAGCAGCGCUCAGGUCACCGUCUCGGUCCCCGCGGUGAACUUCUUGCAGUCCGUCCUCCUGCCUCCCUUUUCCGUCGGCAAUGUAUCCAUCCCGGUAGCGGCAAUGAUCGGAGAGAACGGCAUCGUCACCAACAAAAUCGUGUCCGUUCAUUCUGACGGUGACAUCUCAGUGUGGGGCAUGUCGAAACGAAUUGCAACGACCGAUGGAUUCAUGAUGAUCCCUGAGCAGGAGCUGGGAACAGAAUAUUACGUAGUCACUCCUGUAUCUGGUAGGAUAACCCUGAACGAAUUCGCGAUAGUCAGUCCCUACAACAACGUGAUGGUGCAGAUGUUUUUGAGCAGCAAUGUUACAUUCAACGGUGUCACGUACUCCAACGAACUCAACAUCAUUCUACAACAAAACGAAGUCGUGCAGUUCCAAGGAUCAUCUCUGACUGGGACCAGGGUACUCUCGAGUCAUCCUGUGGCCGUGUUCAGUGGAGAUCGGUGCCUCACUGUUCAUAAUUUUUGCAAUUUUGUGACAGAGCAGCUUUUGCCAGUACCGACGUGGGGCUCCUCUUACCUGGUCUUCCCUGUGUCCAUCAAGUCAACAGACGACAGCGUCAUAAUCACUUCGCCUACAAGCGCAAGCGUCAGUGUCAGUGUCAGUGUCGCUGGGAAUUUAACAACCUACGCGUUGACCAAUUACGGUCGCAUCAGCGUACCUGUAUAUGCAAACCAGACUUUGUCUAUAAACUCAUCUGUAAACGUAGGGGUCAUGUACAUAUGCCAGGGUGGGUCUACAACUCAAGGGUAUUCCAUGGACCCGUUCCAGAUGAACAUCAUACCGACCAGCAAGUUCUCUAACAAGUACCUGUUUGCGACUCAACCAGAUUUUACAAACGUGUUAAUCGUGAUCGCCAAGGAUGCAGACAAAUGUGGGAUCGUCAUGAACAACGAGACACUGUGCGAUAAGAUCCAGUGGGUCCGGACAAACGACCUCCAGUUCGUGGCCGGGGAGCUGAACUUGGGACUUGGAAAUCAGCAGUUCCGUGUGGAACACGCGACUCAGCCAUUCGGUCUCUACCUCUACGGGGCGGCGGGUGCUGAUUCAUUUGGCUACGCCCUCAGCUACGGCAAACAAAGAGGCGGUGUCUGUCGCAUGAACCUCGCCGCCGCGAGCGGCACCAUCCAGUUCGCCGAUUUACUCGGGAGACCCAACGUCGGUGACUGCCUCUGGACCAUCACCGGCCCCGUGGGGACGGCCGUGAUCCUUCGCUUCCAGACGUUCAGUCUGCAGACAGGCGCCGAGGUCGUCUACGUCUACGACGGGCCGUCCAUGGACUCGCCGCUCCUGGGGAAGUACGACUGCGAUGGCGUCCCCGCUCCCAUCAUCUCGUCCUCCAACACCUUGUCCAUAAGGGCCACGUACGACACGGGGGGGAUCGUCGGCAACUUCAGCGCGUUUUACAGGGUGGGGUCACCGUGCAGAGAGACGUUCGUCGGAGGCCAGGGAUCGCUGUCUUCGUCAAACUUCUCCGCGGCCGGCGAAAGGAAUGCCCUGUGCCGAUGGACCAUUCAGGUGGACCCCAGAUACGAGGUCAAGCUGAAGUUCCAGCAGUUCAAUUUGUCUUCCGACCCCGACUGCGCGGACGAGUCGCUGACCGUCUACGACGACAACGGCGACUCGCUGGGCGCGUUCUGCGGCGUUGUGAGACCGCCCGGCCUGCGCUCGUCCUCCAACAGACUCCACCUCGUGCUCGACUCUCUUCAGGGGCUUCAAGGACACGGAUUCGUCGUGAACUUUCUAACGAUUGAUCCCAUUAACGUCACGAAAAGCUGCGGCGUCGCCAACGCGUCCGUCCUGAGCGCCUGGCCCUGGCAGGUGACCAUCACGAGGCUGGAGGACCAGUUGCAAUGCCUCGGCUCCCUCCUGUCCGACUCGUGGAUCGUGACCGCGGCGAGCUGCCUGGGGGAGAGCCCCAACAACAACUACAACUGGAUGAGCAUCACGGCCUCCGGCGACCGUCUGCAGGUGACGUCCAUCGUGGUCCACCCCAAGUUCUCCGCAGAAACCGGAGCCCACGACGUCGCCAUGCUGCGGCUGGGCUGGUGGGCGACGUUUGGGCCGGCGGUGCGGGUGGUGUGCCUGCCCUCUCGACACGAGUACAGCCCCACGCUGGGACGCAGCUGCCAGGCGCUGGGCUUGCGGCGCAGCGACGGAUCUGUGUCAGCCCCCGCCGCUGAGGGACACGUGCGGCUUGUGAACGAGUCGCUGUGCACGAACGCCUGGGGCAACUUCAGCCACCGCACGAUGAUGUGUGCCGCCAAGCGUCAGGGUUGGGCCAGUAGCUGUCAGCUGGGCCAGGGCGGUGGCGUCUUCUGCCUGGGCACGGACAGGAGAUGGUACCUGACCGGCAUCGACAGCCGCCGUGCCGACUGCUCACGCGCCAGCCAGCCGGCCGCCUACGAGCGCGUGUGGAAAUCCCUCGCCUGGAUCCAGGGGAACCUCCCUUACUGACGAAGCGGACGCGCCUCUCGCUCUGCUCCCAGCCACAUAGCCGGAUAUACAGAUAGCCGGAUAGACAGAUAGCCGGAUAGACAGCCAGAUUGCCAGAUACCCAGCCAGCCAGCCAUAUACCCAGCCAGACAGCCAGAUACCCAGCCAGAUACCCAGCCAACCAACCAGAUACCCAGCCAGAUACCCAGCCAGAUAGCCAACCAGCCAGAUACCCAGCCAGCCAGAUACCCAGCCAGAUAGCCAACCAGCCAGAUACCCAGCCAGCCAGAUACCCAGCCAGAUACCCAGCCAGCCAGAUACCCAGCCAGAUACCCAGCCAGAUACCCAGCCAGCCAGAUACCCACCCAGCCAGAUACCCAGCCAGAUACCCACCCAGCCAGAUACCCAGCCAGCCAGAUACCCACCCAGCCAGAUACCCAGCCAGCCAGAUACCCAGCCAGAUACCCACCCAGCCAGAUACCCAGCCAACCAGAUACCCAGCCAGCCAGAUACCCAGCCAGCCAGAUACCCAGCUAGCCAACCAGAUACCCAGCCAGAUACCCAGCCAGCCAGAUACCCAGCCAGCCAGCCAGACACCCAGCCAGAUACCCAGCCAGCCAGAUACCCAGCCAGCCAGAUACCCAGCCAGCCAGAUACCCAGCCAGAUACCCAGCCAGCCAGACACCCAGCCAACCAGCCAGAUACCCACCCAGAUACCCAGCCAGACACCCAGCCAGAUACCCAACCAGAUACCCAGCCAGCCAGAUACCUAGCCAGAUACCCAGCCAGACACCCAGCCAGAUACCCAACCAGAUACCCAGCCAGCCAGAUACCCAACCAGAUACCCAGCCAGACACCCAGCCAGAUACCCAACCAGAUACCCAGCCAGCCAGAUACCCAGCCAACCAACCAGAUACCCAGCCAGAUACCCAGCCAGACACCCAGCCAGAUACCCAGCCAGAUACCCAGCCAACCAGAUACCUAGCCAGAUACCCAACCAGAUACCCACCCAGCCAGAUACCCAGCCAACCAGAUACCCAGCCAGACACCCAGCCAGAUACCCAGCCAGAUACCCAGCCAACCAGAUACCUAGCCAGAUACCCAACCAGAUACCCAGCCAGCCAGAUACCCAGCCAACCAACCAGAUACCCAGCCAGAUACCUAGCCAGCCAGCCAGAUACCCACCCAGCCAACCAGAUACCCAGUCACAUACCCAGUCACAUACCCAGACCAGGCCUACAGCUACCGCUGUCGCUCUUGGGAGGAGAGAAUUACUGAAGGAAUGAACACGAAUGAAACGUAUUUUUUCUUUCAGUUACCAUUUUACUAUUUAGUUUUAUUAAUAAUAUUUAUAUAUAUAAAAUGUAGAUAUAUAUAAUAUUUUAUAAAUCUUUCUUCUUUGCAUUUUAAGGGAAACGUUUCGUGGCUCGAGUUGAAUCUCCGAUUUCCGUUCGAUUCUUUGUGCUGCCAUCUUGGCUUUUGUGGCACGGACGUCACUGACGUCACGCACGAGCGAUGACGUCAGUGACGUCACGCACGAGCGGUGACACUCACUGACGUCACGGAUUGUGUGGGGUGGUUUUUUUCGCGGUGUAAAUUUUGUGUCCAUUUUGUUGUUGUUGUUUUUCUUUUGGCGACACGAAAAUAAAUGGUGACGGACACACAGACAAAGCUCCCCC